AGUCUGCCUGAGUCCUUGGAGCUGAGCUGCUCCCAGUGCCCCGAGUCUGACUGGGGGCAGCCUCCUGGGGGUGACAGGGACCUCGCCAGCCCGUCCUCAGGUCUCGGGUCUCCAAAGGUCUCCCGGCCUUCUAGCCCUGAGGGCCACCACCGCCCUUCCCCACAGCCGGGAACCAAGGCGCCCCUGCCCCGGCCCCGGAUGAGCGCCCAGGAGCAGCUGGAGCGCAUGCGCAGACACCAGGAGGCGGGCCGCGCCCUCCCUCCCGCCCCCUCGCCCAGGCUCUUUACUUUGGGGAGGACGCUGAGCCCGGUCCGACACCAGCCUGACCCGGAGCAGAGGACUUGGUUUCCAGAGUCACUUGUGUUAAAAAGGCUACCUGCUGGGCCACGUGGCCUAGCCGGAGUGGUCCAGCUCACCAGCCCUUUCUCUUCAGGUGGCAAUUUGGACGCCCGGGAAGACCCUCUUCCCCCUGAGCCUCCGCCUCCGCCGGACCCCACACCUCGAGUGCCCUCUAACGCGAGAUCUCCUCUGGUGGCUAAUUCUCGCCCCGCGGCGUCCCCCAGCCACGGUGGUGGGCGCGGUGGGGGCUCCGCCCCCUGGGCGUCCACGUGGGACUCUGGUGCCGCCCCUCCCGCCCCAACUGCGUCCGAGGGGGCGUGGCCUCUGCGAGUCACUCUGCUCCAGUCCAGCUUUUGA